UAGAAAUAGAAAAUAAUAUAAAAAUGAAAAUGAAGGGGGAGAGUCCAGUCUGCCAAGAUCGCAGUCUUGAUAUCUUCUUCAGACACCUCACUGAGCUCUCACCUUCAACGCUUCGAUGGCGUCCUAAUCAAUUUCUCCCUCUCAUUCCCUUAUUUAACUCUCUUCUUUUCUGCAUUCUCUCUCGCACAGAUUCCUUUCGGGAGAAGAAACGAUGAAUUCGCUUCUGGCUUUUCUUUCGCCACUGCUUCCGUUCGUGGCCUCUCUUGUGUUUCUGCUCCUCUUUCUCGAGCAGAUCUCUUAUCUGAAGAAGAAGCGCUCUGUUCCUGGUCCUCCUCUCGUUUUCCCCUUCGUCGGCAACGCAAUUCCUCUGGUUAGGAACCCUGCCCGUUUCUGGGAGAUUCAGGCCUCUUUGGCUAAAUCCUCCGGCGUUGGCUUCUCUGUCAACUACAUAGCCGGAAACUUCAUCGUCUUCAUUCGCGACACUGAGCUCUCUCACAAGAUUUUCGCCAAUGUGCGUUCCGACGCUAUGAACCUCGUCGGUCAUCCCUUCGGGAAGAAGCUAUUCGGUGAGGAUAAUCUGAUUUACAUGUUAGGCCAAAAGCACAAGGAUCUGCGCCGUCGAAUCGCUCCUAAUUUCACGCCCAAAGCGCUCACCACAUACACCGCGCUUCAGCAGAUCAUUAUUCUAAAGCAUUUGAAACUUUGGGAUCAGAAGUCGUCGGAGUCCUCGCCGAAGCCGAUUCCCUUGAGGUUUCUGGCUCGAGAUCUUAACCUCGAAACCUCUCAGAUGGUGUUCGUCGGGCCGUAUUUAGGCGAAAAGGUUCGCGAGAAGUUCAGAGUCGAUUACAACCUCUUCAAUGUCGGCCUGAUGAAACUUCCAAUCGACUUGCCUGGAACAGGUUUUAGAAACGCGAGACUCGCCGUCAACCGGCUGGUGGAGGUCCUUGCCGACUGCGCUGAGAAGAGCAAGGUGAAGAUGAAAAGAGAAGAAGAGCCGUCGUGUUUGAUAGACUUUUGGAUGCAGGACACCGUGAAGGAACUCGAGGCUGCAGCGGCGGCUGGCGAGGCGGAGCCUGUUCACACCAGUAACUACGAGCUCGGGCUGUAUCUCUUCGAUUUCCUCUUCGCCGCUCAAGACGCUUCAACUUCGUCGCUUCUGUGGGCCGUCAGUCUCCUCGACUCGCAUCCCGAGGUGGUCGCCAAAGUUCGGGACGAAGUCAAAUCAAUCUGGUCGCCGGAAUCUGACUCACUGAUCUCAUCAGAGCAGCUUCUGGAAAUGAAGUACACUCAGGCAGUGGCCCGUGAAGUGGUCCGGUACCGCGCUCCGGCAACCGUGGUGCCGCACGUGGCGGCGGCGGAGUUCCCGUUGACCGAUUCAUACACGAUUCCAAAAGGCGCAAUCGUGUUCCCAUCUGCGUACGAGUCGAGCUUCCAGGGUUUCAUCGAACCGGAGCGGUUCGAUCCGGACCGGUUCUCGGAGGAAAGGCAAGAGGACCGAAUUUUCAAAAGAAACUUUCUGGCAUUCGGUGCUGGGUCCCACCAGUGUGUUGGGCAACGGUACGCCUUCAACCAACUGGUUCUCUUCAUCGCCAUGUUUUGUUCGCUGCUUGAUUUCAAGCGGCACAGAUCUGACGGCUGUGAUGAAAUCGCCUUCAAUCCCACUAUCUGUCCCAAAGAUGACUGCAUGGUCUCCAUCUCCCGGCGGUGCCCUCGAUUCCCCAAUCUCUCGCUUUAGUUAUUUUCCAAAUCUCCAAAUUGCCCUCUUCCUCUUCUCUUCUCUUCUCUGUAGUUGCUGCANUUUUUUUUUUUUUUUUUUUUUUUUUUUUUUUUUUUUUUUUUUUUUUUUUUUUUUUUUUUUUUUAUAGUUCUUUUUUCAUAUUUGUAUCUGCGUGGAAAAACGAACGGCUGGGAUUCUUUGGGGGGAGAGGGGGAAUGUGUGUGUUUUUCGUUGAUUUGAUUAUUGGAGCUGUCGAUUUGGAUUUAAAAGGAGGAUGCUGGCCUGGCGAUGACUUGUCCUUUCUAGUUAACAAAUCAGCUUCACGUGGAUGGGCCGGCCAUCUGUCCAUCCACUUAUCUCAUCACUACUUAAUAAUUUUAUUAUUUUGGGUUA